UCUCUUCCCCAGCUCCUCCUCCUGUCGCCGCCGCCGCCUCCCGUCCCACUCGCCUUCGCCUCCUCCUCCUCUCACCUCCUCCAUCCACGGUCGGCCGUGAGAGAGCCGGCGGAAGCAGGAUCCGCUCCGCCCGGAGCCCUCCCCUCCCUCUCGGUCGCCUCAGUCUCCUCCACCUCCGCCUCCACCACCCCUCCUCCCCUGCGUCCACACCAGGCUAGCACGGCCCGACCACGCGCUAUGGAUGAGGAGGCCCUUGCCCAGCCAACCGUCGCUUGCCUCUUCCUCUCAUCUGGCUUCUUCUCAGAUUAGGCGCAGGUGGUCGCCAUGGGAGAGUAGGGCGUCAGGGUGGGUGGAGGAGUAACGGAGGAUGCCGAUGGGGGGAGGAGCAGCGAGGCUGGAGGUCAUCGCGGAUGGCCUCAACCAACAGGCAGAACAAAUGCACGAAUUCCUACUGCUCGUAUGGCUUCAUUCCUCGUCUUUCUCAGUCACUAAUGACUUAAGAAAUUGCUUGAUGCUGGAAGCUACCGGUUUUGUGAAAAGAGUAGAGAUAGAGAGAGCCGUGAAUCAAUAGGCAUGGACAAAAAAAGAGCGAAGCUCUAUGUUCUGAAAUAGAGGCAGAGCAGUAGGUAUAGCACCCCUCGAGAUAUUGCAUUGAUUGAUUCCCACCGUAUAUACAACUGAACAACUAAUUUUUUCUCUAUACACUGAAAUUGAGCUCAUAAAAUUUCCUUUAUCAUGUGCUUUUCCUGCUGCAUAUCAUCGCACUUCUCUUCAAUACAUCAAUGCCACUUCCAUAGCAGAGUCCUCCCCAGCCUGGGCGCCGUCGAUCUCUCCCCAGCUGCAUAGCUUCCUCUGCUGCCGAGUCCAGCGAGGGCACCGUCGAUCUCUCCCCAGCCUGGAUGUGAAGGCCACUACCAGUUUUGAAGCUGGUUGAGGGGCACCUGGCACUAUCUACUUUCUAAGCUCUGAUGGCCAUUGUAGAUGGGGAAAUAAAGUGAGGCUAUACAGGAAGCUGCUCACAAAUUUGAGGCAUCUCAUCGCUACAAGGAUGACCUUUGCCACUCAAAGAAUGUAUAUCUCGGUCAGUUUUGCCAAAUAAUGGAUAUAUUACGUGGACCUAACAUAGGCAAUGCCACCCAAGCAGCAACUCUGGUAUCUUUGGAUAAAUGUAGUAUAAGCAAUUCAUUUGCACCAUCGCUGUUACAAGGUUGGGCUCUGACAAUCGGCGGUGGUCGCGUGCGGUGGGCAUUUCAGGAGUUUUGGUGUGGAUUAUACAUAGUUAAAUCUGAAUGCAUAUAUUAUUUCGAGGAAGCGGAUGCUAUCAAGAUCAUGCCAAAGGCAGAGCAUGCCAAAGGGCGAUGCUCAUUCCCGUUCUUAGUGAGAUGGGUUUACUUGAUGCAAAGUAUGAGCAUUGUAGACUCUAGCGAGCUGCUGAAGGUCGACGAGGAGGGCGCCGCCACCACCGUCAUCCUGGUCCACAUCCACGCGCUGCUCGGCGUCACCAGGUCACCGGCACAAUCCUCACGCCCAGGUCGUUCAACAUUUUCUUCCGCUUUUGGUGCGUCACAUUUAGUCUUUCUUUCCCAUUUUACCGUGUUUGCAUGGUAAGAUGUUUGGUUGGAUUUGAAGGUUCGUAGCCUUGGCUCCAAAGCUUCAAGCUCUUAUAGAAAUUAGAACUGAGGGCCUUUUAAAAUGAGUCUUGCAUAAUAGUGUUUUUCAGCGGGAUGCAGAAUUUUUGUUUGUCUGAUCGGCUAUCCUUGGUGCUGAUUUACGUACUGAUUUCAUCAUCAUAUGACUACAAUAAAGAAGCUGUGUGUAUAAAUAUUACUAACUGCUGAUACUUUGCAUCUGUGAUUUCAAUUCUGUUGGCCCUCCUUAAGAUUGCUUGGGAAUGUGAGGCUUAAAAGUUUCAA